AUGUCCAAUCCCACAAUAACCGCUGUCAAUGGACACCCAGUGACUCCGCCAACGACACAAGAUCCGAAGUCUACUUCCCCCUCCGACAUCUACAAUGCCAACUCUGUCGCCGAGAUCAAGGCUACCCUGACCCACCUGCACGAGCAAGAGGCCGCCGUAACAGCUCGUCUAGAUGCCCUCGUCGCCUCGCAGAAAGACUUCUCGCGCGAAUUAGGCCGCUUGGAUAUUCUCCGCGCCCACCUCGGCUCCCAAACCAGCACCACGCGAGCAAUCAGCAAUGGCAUGCUCGCCGGGGCCGCCGCAACCGCAGACCGCAUCUCCAGUGCUGUUCGACGUUUGGAUUUGGAGCAGUCAAGGGUCAAGGACACCUUGGAGGUUGUCGAGCAAGUCUCGGAGUUGAAAGCAUGUGUACUAGGUGUCGCAGGCUCCAUGGGGGCGCCCCAGGACUGGGAGAGAGCAGCUAGCUAUUUGGAUCGCGCAGCCAAGGUGCCGUCGGAAGUGGUUCAGGGCGCCUUUGCGGCGGAGAUGGUGCCUACCGCGGAGGUUCCGGACCCCCCGAAUGUGACACUGGACAAUGCGGCCGAGUCGCUAUGUGGGCUGUUUCUGCGCGAGUUCGACAAAGCUGUCAAGGAGAGCAAUGGAGCUAAGAUCACACGGUUCUUCAAAUUGUUCCCGUUGAUUGGGCGCUCGGAGGUUGGGCUAGAUGUUUACGGACGAUAUGUCUGUCAGGGCGUGGCAGCGAAAGCGCGGUCGAAUCUCAAUACAGGAAAUGGGCAGCAGGAUAGUUUUUUCUAUGCCAAUACGCUCACCAAAUUAUUCGAGCAUAUCGCGCAGAUUAUUGACGGCCAUGGAGGGCUUGUCGAACGUCACUAUGGUCCACGGAAGAUGAACAGGGUGAUUGAGCGCUUGCAGCUGGAAGCGGAUGUACAAGGCGGAAUUGUUCUCGACACCUGGAGCGACGAGCGGCAUAUUGACCGCAAGUUGAUGGACAUCAAAUCAUACGCGUUUAUCUUUCUAGUGCAGAGCUUUCUCCCACCACAGCGUACUGCAACGCCAUCAAACACUUUGGCCACCCAACAAAGCGCGGAGGACGAAGGUGUAGACAUGAAAGAGAUAGACGGGUUGUUGAAUGAAAUGACUGUCAUGCUAGGCCGAUGGUCACUUUACACCCGCUUCCUAGCCGAGACAUGCAAUGCCAACGAUGAGCACAAGUUCGAAUUUCCCCAGUUCCUGAAGGAAUCUUCGCUUUCUAGGAAAAUUGGGGACCGGCUUAUAUCCCCCUUCAACACCAUGACAACGUUUUUCUUCCGUCGAUCAGUUGAAAAGGCAUUCCAGCUGGAUGAGCAGCCCACGGGCUUGACUUUGAACCCCCAGCGGCCAUUAAAGGCAGAUCCGCCCCAUAUUACGUCGGCAGUUGACGAUAUCAUGUAUAUCGUCAACAAGGUUCUGCAGCAGUCUCUGGCGACGUCGCAAAUUGCUGUCGUCACCAGUGUCGUCCCUACCUUAUCACGCGUGCUGGGAUCCGAUUUCAUCGGGAUGACCCAACGCAAGAUGCGCGACGAGUGCUAUCCGCGGGCUGCCCACCAGGGUUCCUCUCCCCCAGAGCACGUCGUCAUCUCCUUCCUAGUCCUGAUCAACAACCUCGACGUCGCCGUCGACUACAUCCGACGCAUCAUCCAAAACAUCACCGAGUCCAAGAAGACCAUCACUCAUCCAGACGGGCAGGUCGAAGAAACCGACCAACUCCACACGCUCUUCCCAUCCCCAAGAGACGCAACCCUAGUCUCCCAAACCCUCAGCUCGCUCUCCACCACCUUUGAGGCGAAGGUCACCGACCUCCUCACAGACGGCAUCCAAGUCGUCUUCAACAACAUCAUCAAACACCGCCUCCGCCCCGUCCUCUCGGACGCCUUCCGCGACAUCGAAUACCAACCUGCCUCUGAUACCGCUCCAUUAACAACCUACCACUCCGACCUCGAGUCAUACUCCGACACCGACUCCAUUCCCCCGGAGAACGAUCCCGACUCACCGCGCGAACUAGUCCGCCCCCGCUUCAGCACCGCAUGGACGGAGCUUCUAGCACCCAUCCUCCGAAUCCUAAACCCCGCUGCCUUCGAUCGCCUUCUAACAAUAACGAUCGCGUACCUGGCGCGUCUGCUCGAAAAGCGCCUCUGGGCAUACCAUGGCCGCGUUAACGCCCUCGGCGCAACGCGUCUAGAGCGCGACGUUGCCGGCCUCGUCAGUGCUGCGGUUAGCGUUGACGUCCAUGGCUCUGGCGGAGCAAAUGUCUCGGGAAGAUACAAGCACCGCGAAGCCUUCGGGCGGUGCCUCCAGAUAGUUCUUGUUAUGGGGAUGGAUGAAGAUGAGUGGGAUGAUGUGUUGCGGGGUGGAGAGACGGCGGAUGUGCUUGAUAAGUUGAGUGGGGAUGAGAGGAGGAGGGUUAGGGGGAUGGUGAGACGAUAG